AUGGCUGAAGUUCUGGGGACAGUUUCCGCUGUACUUGCGAUCGCAGAAACUUCACUCAAGGCGUCUUCGGCGCUUCACAAGCUUUUCACAACCAUAAAAGACGCACCUCGAGAGAUUAUGGUUCUCGACCGUGAUAUCAGCGUCUUCAAUUCGCUAGUGAUAAGUCUUCAAGCCGCUUUGAAUUCGGAAGAUGUGAUGGUUAUUGUGAAAAGGGACAUCGAAAUUGAUGAAUUGUUGGAAAUACUUCUGCUUCCUAUGACGAACUGUAAAGAAGUGUGUGAAGAGAUUCACAAGAAGUUGCAAAGUUUUAGAGUUUCCUUGCCAUCAUCGGAAGGAACCCUGGAUAUUGAGCCCCCAAGACGCUUUCAACUGAAGUUUGCGAAGUGGCACUUCGCAAAAAAAGAUGUUUAUGCCUUGCUAGCACGCUUCCAAGCGAGCAAAGGAAUCUUCUCAGAUGCUAUGGGAACUCUGACGCUGCUUCUUACAUUCAGAAUACACUCCGUGAUGAGCAAAGGCCAGCCCAAAGACCAGUUCAUCAACCAAGUGAACGGCAUCCAAAGGUUCGAUGAUGAUGCUGGGUCGGCUUUUCUUCGAUACACCAAGAUGACCCAGGAAGUGUAUCUCGACCUAAACACAAUGCCCUUGCCCGCAAGGCAUGCAAAGCUCAAGGGUCCUCAGCACGCUAAAUCCCUUUUAGACGCAGUAAGGAAUGAUGCAUUAGCUUCGGUAGAGAUGAUGUUGGGUAGUAUCGAUGUCGAUACCCAGGAUCCUUUGACUGGGCGAACCGCUCUCUCGAUCACAGCUGAGCUCGGCAAUCUCCAAAUGACUAAACUUCUCCUUAGCCAUGGGGCUAAUGUCAACAUUCGCCAAUAUAGUUUAAGCAAACAACAAGGCGAGGGUUUUGAGGGGUGUGCAAUAGUAAGGAGUGGUCGUUUCCCGCUUCACUGGGCUGUUGUCGGGGAUCAUAUCGAAAUUGUCAAGCUUCUGCUGCAGCAUCGAGCUAAUCCCAAUGCGCGAAACAGUGCUGGCCGACCUGUUCUACAGGAGGCUUGUUUUAAAAACAAUCCUGAGAUGGCCAAGAUAUUGCUCGAAGCAGGCGCAGAUGUGAAUGGGAUAAACCUCCAUUCCGGCUGGGCACCUAUACAUGAAUGUUCAAAUGGCAAAUCUAUCGACUUGUUGUAUGUGCUUCUUGACUAUGGAGCAUUACUGGACGUUCCAGUAUUCGAUUGUUACUAUCCAGAUGCAUAUCCAAUACAUUGGACCACGCGGCUUGGAGAGGGAAACACGCUGAAGAUCCUUCUAGCAAGUGGGGCCGAUCCUAAUGCUUUAAUGGCCGAGGAUAUCUCUUGUCUCCAUCUAGCUGCCGCCCGGGGAUGGGUAGAUGGUAUUUUCAGUUUGUUAGAAAAAGGUGCAUCGAUAAACGCUCAAGACCUAUGUCUUCGUGAGACGCCUUUGCAUAAAGCGGCGCGGAACUGUGAGAUGAGCGCAAUUCGGGUCUUAUGCAUGAAUGGGGCCGAUACCACUCUUAAGAACAUCGAUGGACUCACUUACCAGGAGGUUUUGGCGUGUGCACAGCAGAUUCCCGAUAAUUGGCGUGUCGAUGUUAUGCGUGGAUCGUUCUGUUCGAGGUAUUAA